AUGCGGGUGGCUCUGGGUGUCGAACGCGAAGCCCACGGAGUCAUCCUUCGAAUCACCAUUCUGGCUGAUUCAGUCGCUAGAUGGUUCCCUGAUCCAUCAGCGAUAAACUGUGGUGAAAGCUUGGCACGCCUUAGCAAGGCUGCUAAGUUCGAGGAAAAAUCUAUCGCUUGUGCAGCAUGUAAAAAGAAAAAAGCCCUGCACAGUGGAUUACAUCUAUGGCAUCGGAUGUCAUCAGAAGCAGUGUCAGAUUGCACAGGACGUCAUGGAGACUAA